GUUUCUUGGACAGUAACCAUAACGACCCAAUUAAGCAGUUUAUUUUCUUUGAAAGUAUGGAUUCACGUAUAGCACAUCCUCAUGGUCACAAUUACGAUGAUCAUGACCCCCAUAAUGCUGCUCCGCAUCCAGCUGUGGCGCCCCAAGGUGGAGAUGAGCACGCCCAUGAGAGGAAAUCGGUGAUCAAGAAGGUGAAGGCAAAGGCAAAGAAGAUAAAGGACACGCUCAAGAAGCAUGGCCAUCAUGACCAUGAACACGAUCAUGAUUAUCAACGCGCUGGCCAUCAUAUUCCUGAUGAUCAUGAUCUUGACGAGGAAGAUGACGACGAUGAAGAAAUAAUUGAAGACCCAGAAGUUCACGGUGAGUCAGAAGAGAGAUACGAUACCAAAAUCAAUGAGCCAAUUACAGUAUCACAUUCUCCUGGAGUUUAUGGGAUCAAAGCCCCUGAUCCAACGGGCACAGGUGAUAAGGUAGUAGGAAUCACCCCAAUACUUCAGUCAUUUGUCAAAAUGAAUGUCCAUGAUGAACCGGAUCCAAAAUCCGCUGGAGUAGCAGACCAUGACUUGCCCAUUUUAACCUACGAUCAGUUUACCAAAUUACCCAGUACUGGAAGCCAUGACCAGUUCUCUCCAGAACCAGUUCCCCAAGAGGCCAAAGCCAUCCGAGAUAAACCUCAACUCCCAAAAAGCUUCGAGACAACCAAACAGCAAAACCACCCACAUGAAGUGUACGGGAAACCAUCAAACCAGAGCAGUUACUCUGAGAAAAUCUCAUCUGCCACCUCUGCCGUCGCUGACAAAGCAAUCUCCGCGAGUAAUGCUGCUGCUUCAAAGCUCGUAUACGGUGAGAAAGUGCAUGGCACCAGCAAUGAAUCGGAGUGUGGGGUCAAAGGACAAGACAAAGGAGUGUCUGUGAAGGACUAUGUUCUGGAGAAGCUGAGGCCUGGUGAAGAGGAUAGGGCGCUAUCUGAAUUGAUUUCAGAUGCUUUACAUAAGCAGAGGAUGGAAGAGCCAGGGAAGGAAAAGGAUAUGCGGCCUGUGGGGAAGGUGACAGAAUCAAAGGAGGUGGCAAGGCGGUUAGGCACCAGGGAUGAGAGUCAUGGGGAAAGGACGCAAAAGGGUGUGGUGGAUAAGCUUAAAGGAACUGUAAUUGGUUCAUGGCUCGGGUUAGGUGGAGAAUCGAAAUCCCAAGUUCCUCAACAGCCGCAUGGUAAUUAUGAUCUGGCCGGGCCUUCAUUACUGGUUUUAAGGUUUGGUGAGAAAAGCGCCUUUCAUUCAGAACUCUUCUUUUUGUUUCAUUACAGGUGAGUAGGGUAUUUCAAAUGCCGAAGGAAGAAGGCUUCAGGAGAACUAAGAAGAGUUGAUCGUCAAGUGUGUGUUUUUUUAAUCAAAUGAGUUAAUGGCUUGAUGUGGAUAGAAUAGUAUAAUAAGUGGACUGACAUUACAUUU